GGUUUGCUGGCAGCUAUGCCCAGGCGAAAGCUCUCCCUCCUGGAGGUAUGGCAGAGGAAUCGUGCAGCACACGUGAAGAAAUCCAAAAACCUCAAACUAUGGCCGCAUCAGUUGAAACGUCUGAGAGACCCCGAGGUGGUGACAUCCCUCGUCAAGCAGAAUGCGAAGAUGGUGCGCCUGCUCCCCCCCGCAGGCACUGAUCAUUUCCGCCGCUUCACGCCGGCCUCGCUGGCGGAGCUCAAGCGGCGCGUGGCGGAGGAGGCCGCCGAGCAGCAGCACAGGAAGUCUAUGAACAUCGAGAUCCCAGAGGAAGAACUGCCCCAACCCUCUAAAGAUCUGGAAGCCGGCAAGCCCCUACCCUUUUACUACGGAGAGCCACCGCCUGAACUCCUCAACAUACCACUGGAAGAGCUGGAUCCCUACUACAAAUCCAAGAAAACCUUCAUCGUGAUCAGCAAAGGGAAUACGAUCAACAGAUUUAACGCUGAGCCUGCCUGUUACAUUCUAAAUCCAUUUAACCCCAUUCGCAAAGCAACCAUCCGAAUACUCAUACAUUCAUUGUUCAGUAUGUUUAUCAUGGUAACAAUCCUGUCCAACUGUGUGUUCAUGACUAUGAGCAACCCACCACAAUGGAGCAAAACUGCAGAGUACGUUUUCACAGGUAUCUAUACCUUUGAGGCACUGAUUAAAAUCUUCUCCAGGGGUUUCUGUAUUGGAGACUUCACAUUCCUUAGAGAUCCAUGGAACUGGCUGGAUUUCAUGGUGAUCAGCAUGGCGUACCUUACGGAGUUUGUGGACCUAGGAAAUGUGUCAGCUCUGAGGACCUUCCGUGUUCUCCGAGCCCUGAAAACAAUUACUGUAAUUCCUGGUCUGAAGACGAUCGUUGGCGCACUCAUCCAGUCUGUGAAAAAGUUGAGCGAUGUCAUGAUCCUGACUGUCUUCUGCCUCAGUGUCUUUGCCCUCAUUGGCCUGCAGCUGUUCAUGGGGAACCUACGGAACAAAUGUGUCUUGUUGCCCCACGGGAGUGUGGCCUCCCCAACUGAUUACCCAAACACCACCUUCAACUGGCAGGAGUACAUAUCAAACGAAGAAAACUACUACUUUUUACCAGGUGGUAUUGAUGCACUUCUGUGUGGAAACAAUUCUGAUGCCGGGCAGUGUCCCGAAGGAUACAUGUGUAUGAAAACUGGCAGGAACCCCAAUUACGGCUACACCAGUUAUGACACCUUUGGUUGGGCUUUUCUGUCUCUCUUCCGCCUUAUGACACAGGAUUACUGGGAAAACUUGUUCCAAAUGACUCUGCGGGCAGCGGGGAAGACCUACAUGGUCUUCUUCGUAAUCAUCAUCUUCCUGGGCUCCUUCUACCUGAUCAACCUCAUUUUGGCUGUGGUGGCCAUGGCAUAUGCCGAGCAGAACGAGGCCACUAUAGCUGAAGCUAAGGAGAAGGAGGAAGAGUAUGCCAGAGUCGUGGAGCAACUCAAAGAGAAUCGCGCCAAGUCUCUUGAGGAAUCAAAGUCGAAUCGGAGCAUGGCAGACAUGGACCAGCUAGACGUGCCCAGCACAGACAACAGGAAAGCCAGUGUUGUGAGCAGUGAAAGCAAUGCCUUAGAGGAAUUAGAGGAGUUAGAAAGGCUGUGCCCUCCUUGCUGGUAUAAGUUUGCAAAUAUUUUCCUGAAGUGGGACUGCUGCACACCAUGGAUCAGAGUCAAGAAGUGGAUGAACUUCAUUGUGAUGGACCCUUUUGUGGACCUGGGCAUCACUAUCUGUAUCAUACUGAACACCAUGUUCAUGGCCAUGGAACACUAUCCCAUGACUCCUGAAUUUGAAUCGGUCUUGAGCACUGGCAACUUGGUGUUCACAGGCAUUUUCACAGCUGAGAUGGUGCUCAAGAUCAUAGCCAUGGACCCGUACUACUACUUCCAAGUUGGCUGGAACAUUUUCGACAGCAUCAUUGUGACGAUGAGUUUGGUGGAGUUGGGCUUGGCCAACGUGGAGGGACUCUCCGUGCUGAGGUCCUUCCGCCUCAUGCGCGUCUUCAAGCUGGCAAAGUCCUGGCCCACCCUGAACAUGCUGAUCAAGAUCAUCGGCAACUCGGUGGGCGCCCUGGGCAACCUGACCCUGGUGCUGGCCAUCAUCGUCUUCAUCUUCGCCGUGGUGGGCAUGCAGCUGUUCGGGAAGAGCUACAAAGACUGCGUGUGCAAGAUCGCCGAGGACUGCGAGCUGCCGCGCUGGCACAUGAACGACUUCUUCCACUCCUUCCUGAUCGUGUUCCGCGUGCUGUGCGGCGAGUGGAUCGAGACCAUGUGGGACUGCAUGGAGGUGGCCGGCCAGGCCAUGUGCCUCACCGUCUUCAUGAUGGUGAUGGUGAUCGGGAACCUGGUGGUCCUGAACCUCUUCCUGGCCUUGCUUCUUAGCUCCUUUAGUGGAGAUAAUCUGUCAUCAUCAGACGAUGAUGGUGAAAUGAACAACCUGCAGAUCGCCAUCGCAAGAAUCAGUAGAGGUAGUGACUGGGUCAAGGCCUUCGUCAUCAGACAUAUAGGCCUGAAACCUAAGGAAGAGGAGAAAAAAGAGAAUGACCUUGGUGACCUGAAAGGCAACAGUGGUCUAGUCAGGAACCACAUGGACUCCGGGGAAGAGCCUGACUCUGAGAUGAGAAAGCAGGUGGAAGCUUUCGAAAUGGCCAUUGUCCCAGUGAGCAGAGCUCCAAUUGCAAAUAUUGAGUCUGAUUUUGAAAGAACUAUUGAUGAUGACAGCACAGAUGAAGAUGAGAAUCUGAAAGACACACACUCAGAGGCAGACAGCUCCUCCAUUGGCAGCACGGUGGACAUGCAUCCUCAGGCGGCAGAGACUGAGUGUGAUGAAGAAGAAGAUUCCAACAGCCCAAAGGACUGUUUCACAGAAAAAUGCAUCAUGCGGUAUCCAUGCCUGGAUGUAGACAUCACCGAGGGCAGAGGAAAGAUAUGGUGGAACUUCCGCAAGACUUGCUUCAUCAUUGUGGAGCACAAUUAUUUUGAGACUUUUAUCAUCUUCAUGAUUCUCCUCAGCAGUGGUGCUUUGGCUUUUGAGGAUGUGUACAUUGAGCAACGACGAGUGAUUAAAAUCAUCCUUGAGUAUGCAGAUCAGGUCUUCACCUAUAUAUUUGUUGUCGAGAUGCUCCUAAAAUGGGUCGCCUAUGGUUUCAAGGUAUACUUCACAAAUGCAUGGUGCUGGCUGGACUUCCUGAUUGUUGAUGUCUCUCUGAUCAGCUUCACAGCUAACAUUCUGGGUUACUCUGACCUCGGUCCCAUCAAAUCCCUGCGGACAUUGAGGGCACUAAGACCACUUCGGGCCUUAUCCAGAUUUGAGGGAAUGAGGGUGGUGGUCAAUGCCCUGGUUGGAGCCAUCCCCUCAAUAUUCAACGUCAUGCUUGUGUGCCUGAUUUUUUGGUUGAUCUUUAGCAUAAUGGGGGUGAACCUGUUUGCUGGAAAGUUCUAUUAUUGCAUUAAUACCACCUCAGAGGAGGUGUUCCUGAUUGAUGAAGUAAACAACAAAAGUGAUUGCCUCACACUCAUCCAAGCCAAUUCAGAUGUACGAUGGAUGAACACGAAGGUCAACUAUGAUAAUGUGGGCAUGGGCUACCUCUCCUUACUGCAAGUGUCAACAUUUAAAGGAUGGAUGGAUAUAAUGUAUGCUGCUGUGGAUUCUCGUGCAAUUGAGGAACAACCAUUGUAUGAGACAAACCUCUACAUGUACCUCUACUUUGUUAUUUUCAUCAUCUUUGGAUCCUUCUUCACUCUCAAUUUAUUCAUUGGUGUUAUCAUUGAUAAUUUCAACCAACAAAAAUCAAAGUUAGGUGGACAGGACUUGUUUAUGACAGAGGAACAGAAAAAAUACUACAAUGCCAUGAAGAAACUAGGCUCUAAAAAACCACAAAAACCUAUCCCACGCCCCCAGAACUGUUUUCAAGGAGCCAUCUUCGACUUUGUUACAAAGCAGUUCUUUGAUAUUGCAAUAAUGGGCUUAAUCUGUCUGAACAUGGUCACCAUGAUGGUGGAGACUGAUGACCAGAGCACUGAAACCGAAAAUAUCCUCUUCAUAAUUAAUUUUAUCUUCAUUGUGAUCUUCACUGGAGAGUGUACGCUGAAGAUGAUUGCCCUUCGACAAUACUUCUUCUCCAUUGGAUGGAAUAUUUUUGAUUUUAUUGUGGUGAUUCUUUCAAUUAUAGGAUUACUGCUGGCAGACCUCAUUGAGAAGUAUUUUGUGUCACCCACCCUUUUCCGUGUCAUCCGACUUGCCAGAAUAGGUCGCGUCCUGCGGCUGAUUCGAGGGGCCAAGGGCAUCCGGACGCUGCUGUUUGCACUGAUGAUGUCUCUCCCUGCCCUCUUCAACAUCGGCCUCCUCCUCUUUUUGAUCAUUUUCAUCUUCUCAAUAUUCGGCAUGUCCAACUUUGGCUAUGUUAAGAAAGAGGGUGGCAUUGAUGACAUGUUCAACUUCGAGACCUUGGGAAACAGCAUCAUAUGUUUGUUCAUGAUCACCACUUCUGCAGGUUGGGAUGGACUCCUUAUUCCUAUGCUAAACAGUGGACCUCCAGACUGUGACCCGGACGUGGAACAUCCCGGAACAAACGUAAGGGGUGAUUGUGGGAAUCCGGCGAUGGGAAUAGCGUUUUUCUGCUCUUACAUCGUGAUGUCCUUCCUUGUGGUGGUCAACAUGUACAUUGCCAUCAUUCUGGAGAACUUCAAUGUGGCAACAGAGGAGAGCAGUGAGCCCUUAAGUGAGGAUGACUUUGAGAUGUUCUACAGCACCUGGGAAAAGUUUGAUCCAGAUGCUACACAGUUCAUCUCUUACAACACACUGUCAGAAUUCUGUGACACACUAAAAGACCCACUGAGGAUUCCAAAGCCAAACACAGUCAAGUUGAUCACCAUGGACCUCCCAAUGGUAGCAGGAGAGAAGCUCCACUGUGUCGACAUCCUAAUAGCUCUCACCAUUGAAGUGCUGGGUGAGUCAGAGGAAAUAGAGAUGCUCAAGUCGAGCAUAGAGGAGAAGUUCAUGGCAAACAACCCCACAAAGGUGUCCUAUGUGCCAAUCAGCACCACUCUGCGACGCAAGCAAGAGGAUGUGGCUGCCACCGUUAUCCAAAGAGCCUACCGCAAAUAUCUGCUUAAAUGUCAACUCAAUCAACUGAAGAAAAUGCACGAGGAUCCCUCUACGACAGUCGAGAUGACCACAGAUGAGCCGAAGCCGCUCUUUAUGGAUCAAGCACCAAAGGAGGGGCUUUCUGUGUCCUUUGAUCUCCUAGCGGGCAAGGCCAAAACAGAACAGGCAGACAAGGAAGGUGCUCCUUCGGUCGCGGUGCAGAGUAAGGAGUGCGCACAUUCUGCCCCCUUCUCCAUCCUUGACGUUUCAGCCUCUGUGGAUAGUUUGAGAGAGCCUAUUGAGUAGCAAAAGCUAUGUGCAUGAAAAAAUGCGUUUUAGUUACAUAAUGCACCAAGAUGGCACCUUUUUAAUUUAACAGUUUAUUCACAUAGAAAAUUGGAUUUUGGCAUUUGCAGGUAAUACAAAAGGAAACUGAAUCUCAGAAAUUCGUCAAGAAGUGUUAAUAGUUAGGCUGUAAGCUUCUUCUGGUCUAACCCUUACCCAUGGAGGAGAGUAGGAUGAAGCAAAAAUGUGCCGUGGUUGCUUUUAGAUCAGUGGUACUCGGAUCUGAACCUCAAAUUGAAAACCUAGAUUCUGUGGUGGCUAAAUGAACAGGUUUGCCACAUCUCCAAGUUAAAGGAGGGUCGUGUGUGAACAACACUUAGGACCCGAGGAGCCCGAGACAUUAAGACACUUUUAGAUUACAAGAUGAAGCAUGUUUUCUGUAUCCAAAAAAUUCAAUCUUAGAACAAAAAGGGAAAUGAUAAAAACACUUCCAUGUGUAAUCAGUUGGUUUUGAUACAGUAAUGACAGUUUCAUUACAAGAAAUGUAAUAUCUUAAAAUGUAAUACUGAGAUUUUACAUUUAAAUUGAAGUUAAAUUUUCCAAAGAAUUUUUUGUCCACUGUCCUCGAAUUUUUAUGGCUUAAAAGUUUAUUUGAAUUUAAAGCUUUAAGAGUAUCAGUUUACAUAAAAUAUUUAAAGCAUGUAGGAAUUUAUAUUAAUGAAAAGAAACAUUUAUGUAACUAAACAAAAUCAGUCUAAGAGAAACAAAACAGAAAUCAUGCAAUCAUUUGAAAUAAGUAAAUGUCAAAAAUGUGCAAAUGUGUGUGAGGGGGAUAAGCAUGAUAGAUAGAUAGAUAGAUAGAUAGAUAGAUAG